AUGGGGGCGGUGUGCUGCAGACCGACGCCUAUCGACUUUGAUGGCGAGGUGAACCUCUUCCACUUUGUUCUAUUGCGAUGCGUAGGCAAGGGCGCCUUUGGCAAGGUCCGCGUCGUUCAGCACAAGCAAUCACGCGAACUAUACGCCCUCAAGUACAUCAACAAGGCGAAAUGCGUCAAGAUGAAAGCAGUUGCAAACGUCAUUCAAGAGCGCCGGCUGCUCGAGGAGGUUGACCAUGCAUACAUCGUUAACCUCCGCUACGCCUUCCAGGACGACGAAAACUGCUUCUUCGUUAUUGACCUCAUGCUCGGCGGCGACCUUCGCUUUCACCUCGAGCGCCUUGGCUCGCUCUCUGAAGACGCCGUCCGUUUCUACGUCGCCCAAAUCUCCUCCGCCCUCGACUACCUUCACAACAUGUCCAUCAUGCACCGCGACAUCAAGCCCGACAAUAUCCUCCUCGACGACAAGGGCAAUGCCCACCUGACGGACUUCAACAUAGCGGUUCACUACGGCGAGCGCAAGCUUACGGGCGUUGCAGGUUCCAUGGCCUACAUGGCUCCCGAAAUCCUCGUCAAGCGCGGCUACUCGUAUCAAAUCGACUGGUGGUCUCUUGGUGUCUGUGCCUACGAGCUCCUUUUCGGCAGGCGCCCAUUCCGCGGCCGCACCAACGCCGACCUCACGCACUCCAUCACCAAGGACCCGCUCAAGUGGCCCGAAGACGCUGAAAAGAAGUGCUCAAGACCCGGCCUUCAGGUCGUCAAGGGUCUCCUCGAUCGCGACCCCCACCGCCGUCUCGGCGUCAAGCCCGCGGGUCCAGAUGACCGCGACGGCAUGGCAGAGCUUCGCCGACAUGCAUGGUUCCGCGGCGCCGUCAACUGGGACACCCUCGAGUCGAAAGAAGCCCCCUCACCAUUUGUGCCUGAUGCCAAAAAGGCCAACUUUGAUGCCUCGCAUGAACUGGAGGAGCUGCUGCUGGAGGACAACCCGCUGAAGGCAAAACAACGCAAAGCAGCAUUCCAGGAGAAUCUCAGCGCGGAACUACGCCAAAUGGAGGAACAGUUCACGUCCUACGACUUCAAGCGCAUGCAACGGCGGUCGUACUACCCGACGAACACGCAACUGAUCUCGCAGGCAACAGCAACGAGUUCGAGUGGUGUGUGCAGUCGCCCAGACGAGGAUGCCAUCCAUUAA